UCGAAAUGAGCUUGACACCGAAGAUUUCCCUUUUGCUGCUCACUUGUGUGUUGUUCAUGGUUUUCUUUGGCGUGUGGGCACUUUUUGGAGGCGAGUCAAAAGUGGAACAGAAUCAGAAGCUGAAAGAAUUUACACGCCAGAAGCGCGGACUUCAAGACUUUAGAUCGCAUAUUAGACGCGUAAGCAUGCGGAAUAGUGAGAAUGAGAUUGAGAAUGGGGAAUGGAACAAUCAAGAGAAUUCAGAGCACAUCGACAUUCAUGUCACCAACUUGGAGGACGAGGAAAAAGAGGAUCACAAGAAGGAUCAAAAGGUCAAACAGGCCCUGAUGAAAAUGAUGAACAAGAAACUCAAAGAAACUAAAGUCGCUUCCAAACAACGACGACACUUUGAUAAUGCUCCCGGUUUGGAUUUUCGACGCGAAUUCGCCAGCGAUGAGCCCAAUCCUUAUAUUGAAAAUCUUCGCAAUCGUUGUGAGCAAGCUUAAGUUCCACAAUCCACAAAAAGUAUCUACCCUAACUGCCUGAAACCCCUAUACAGUUCAGGAAUGAGUUUAGUCACAAUU